AUGGCAAUAAAAAUCAACGACGACAACGACAAUAAUGAUAAAAAGUUCAAAGAUGUAUCAACGAUUAAAUCAUUGGAACAAAUUGAAAUAAGCCUAAAGCCAAAAUCAAUAGAAAAUAUAGCUAGAUCAUCAUUAGCUAAUAAUAUAUCAACCGCAACAUUAAAUACAACAACAAUGUCUAUGGCUACUAUUAAACCAUUAUCAACGGAAACAAAUUUUUAUGUUAUUGAUAAUGGUGAUGGAUUUAGUACAGUAGUGGCUGAUGAUAAUGAUCAUUGUAAAUGUAAUAAUAAUAAUAAUAAUCAACGUAAACAUAGACAAAAACAACAACAACAACAACGACAAUCACCAUUAAUAACGGCUGCCCAAAGACAUCGAAAUGAAUUGAAACGUGAAGAAAGUUCACGUUUACGACAGGAAAAAAAAGCAGCAAGACAAUUAGGUGUUAUACUUGGUGCAUUUAUACUUUGUUGGAUGCCAUAUAUAAUUACCUAUGUUGUAACAGCAUAUUGUACAUAUUGUAUUAGUUUAACUGUUCAUCAGGUGACUAUUUGGUUGGGAUAUCUGAAUAGUUUUCUAAAUCCAUUUUUAUAUGCAUUAUGUAAUGAAAAUUUUAAACAUGCAUUUAAAAAAAUGUUAGGACGUUUACAACAACCACAACAUAUUAGCUAUAAUUUUGAUCAAACAUUAAUGGCUGGUAAUCAAAACAAUCAUCAACAACAACAACAACUACUACAACGACAACAAUCGACAAGAGGUUGUGCGAAUACAAAUAGCUUACGGUUAAUUACAACACAGCAAUAACAACAACAACAUUCAAAUCGAUUACAAUCUGAAUUAUUUAUCGAUAACGAUGAUGAUAAUAAAAAAUAAUUCAAACAAACAAACAAACAACA